CAGAUUUUAUUGCAGAACACGCUUCUAUGCAUCGCUGACAUUUUUUCUGCAUUUGUCGUUCUUGCAACAGACGACGUUUUAGGGGUUUGUUGCUAGCCAAUAUUGCAAAUGCUGGCGAUCCACCAAGAAUGCAUAAAUUAUAAUUCAUGACAACUAAAAAGAAAUUCAGGAGCAGUUGUAUAUCUUAGCAGAGUGCCAUGAUUAAGGAUCGACUGGUUAAUUUAAUUAACGAGUAUAUUGGCGAGUUUGUGGAGAACAUCAAUCAUGAUAACCUGAAAUAUAGUGUCUUAGGGGGUAAUGUUGAACUCAAAGAUUUGGUUCUGAAACCCAGAGCAGUGACUGACUUUCUUACACUACAGUUUGGCAAGGAACAAGCAUUUGAGGUGAAAGUAGGACACUUAGACUACAUUCGUCUCUCAAUACCAUGGGGGAAUCUAUUUGGAGGGACAGAAGUCCGCCUGGAGCUGGACGGACUUUAUAUUCUACUGAGUCCGGUUACCAUGGACUCCUACAACAAACAGACAGUAGAGGAGAUGGAGCAGAAACUCAAACAGGCCAUGCUCAAGUCACUGGAUCCCUCAGUCCUACAGAAAGUCUCUAAGGAGGCCGAGAAACACCCUGGUCUGUUUGAAAAGAUUGGAAAAUACAUACUGAACAACAUUCAGAUAAAAAUAAGUAAUGUACACAUUAGAUACGAGGAUACAGUGUCAAACCCCGGCACUCCGUUUGCUGCGGGGGGAAUUCUGGGAGGGCUGUAUGUAUUUACGACAAACGACAGAUGGGAGGAGGUGGAGCUAGACAGCACGGCCAAAAUCCUACACAAGCUGGGUAAGGUGUCAGAUUUUUCCCUGUAUUGGAAUUCACGGCUCGGUAGUAGUGAUCUUGUGGGAGGAGAAAAUCUUGUUCAGUCGGGUGAUUGGAAGAGUCUGUUGAAGCAAUCCAUUAGGUCUAAGAUGAUUUCAAAAGACAAAUUUUCCUCAGUGCUGACUCCAUUUACUGCUGAGGCCAAGGUUAUUCUGUAUAACGUGGACGACUAUAAGAUGCCUAGGCUGUAUAUACAGUUAUCUAUAGGGGACGCUACCGCCAAGGUGUCACAUAAACAGUAUUUGAGUGUCACAAGAUGGCUGGAAUUUUCCAAAAGGCUGGAAGUGAAUCGACGAUACAGGAAAUUCCGCCCCACAGUAUCUGUGAAGAAGAGUCCAAAGUCCUGGUGGAGAUAUGCCUAUGACUCAAUCGUGGAGUUUAAUAUCAAACCAUACACAUGGCCUCAGAUAGUCCAGUACAAGCAAGACUAUGUAAAAUACUGGCAGGUGUACAAACAACACCUGGAGUCUCCCAAAGACCAGGGAAUUAAACAGAAGGUUGAACAGCUGGAGAAAACAAUGGACGUCACCAACAUACUGAGGGCCAGGACGGAGGCUAGACUCAAGUAUAAAGAAGAAACAGGAGAGAGAGAAAGGAGGAGGAAGGAAGAACUGAAGAAGAGACAGGAGGAGAAGAAGAAGGUGGGGGGAGGGUGGUUCAGCUGGUUCUGGGGAGGGACAGAAGAAGAGGAGUCACUGGAUGAACUCACAACAGAAGACGAACUGUUUGAUUUGUCUGAGGAGGAGAAGCAGGAAAUCUAUGAAGGAGUGGGCUACAGUGAAUCAGAGAGUCCACAGAGCAUGCCCAAAGAGUAUGUGGCCUACAAGAUUCAGCUGAGGGUUAGACAAUGUUGUGGAUGCCUGACCAGUACUGAGGCCCCGGGGUCAGAGUGUAUCCUACAG